AUUUAAUGUCUUCUAAGUUUAAUGUAUAUAAUAAAAGAGGGAUAUAUGCAAAAAAAUUUCAAUCAACACCUAAGCUUAAUUUGAAGUCGAAAUAUUCAGAGUCUUCUCACAAAAUAACAUUAAAAUGAUUAAAAAAUAAAUAACAAUAGUCGUCUAAUAUAAGGACACGGGAAUUAUCACCAGACCUUAAGUAUGAAAAUAAUGACGGCAGUACUAGGGAGAGAAGUAAAAGGAUUAAAAUUAAAUCUCUUUCCCCAAUAAUAGAAUUACAAAGAGGGAGUAAUGCUAAUUCUAACAAAAGAAUCAAACAUCAAAAAAUUCUACAUUUAAAUGAUGCUUCUGAAGAAGAAAGGAUGAUUGAAUUGGGCAAACAUAAGAAAAGUGAGAAAUGGUACACUUCAAAAAUUAUUAAACCACACAAUAAAUUAAAAUCAGUAUCUAUCACUCAAUAUCAAAAUGUCAUAAGCACGAAGAUUAAAAGUGAUGAUCAAAUUAGUAAUAAAGAAGUGUGUAAAAAAUGGGUUAAAUUUGGUGAAUGUAUGUAUGGGGAUAGCUGUGUUUUUAGGCAUGAUAAAAUAAAAGAUAAUAUUGAUAGAGUUCAAAAAUUUGGGAGUAUUAAUUUACAAAUUCAACAUUCUGGGCAAUCUGGAGAGAGUACCAAAUCACAUAAAGGCAGUUUCUCAGAUCAUUUACAGGCUCCUAAAGUUGAUAAGAAUAAAGGACAUCAAUCAACAUCAAUCACUCAAACUAAAAAGAUUGCAAAGGAAUCUUCUAAAUGCAAAGAUUCUAACACAAAUUUAUUCCCUUCUCAUGAUAAAAGAGAAUCAAAGCAUCAAAUUGACGCUCGUGAAAAAAAAUCAAAAUCGAAUGCUGCUAGCAAGAUUUCAUCAGCAGUUUCAUCCGCCAAAUCAUCUGUGCAAAAAAAAGCUUCAAAAAUAGUUCAAGAUGAUAUCAAGCCGCCCCAGAAACUACUCACUAUUCUUCAACCCUCUUCCAUAGUCGUUGUCGUCAACAAAACUCUUAAUUCACCCAUGCCUAAGUCCAACGUUAAUAAAAUCAAAAAUAAUACCAAUAACAAUUUUAACAAAAAUAAAUUCGCAAAUCGAUAUCGACGAACCGAUCGAAAUAUCAAUCAACGUUCCUUACCUAUUCCGAAUAUACCAAAUAACAGCGAAAAUAUUUCUCACAUACCCUCAUUGUGCUCGCUGAAUAUAGAUUCUCCACGUGAAUUUGGCACUCCCUACAAAACCGCGCCUCGAUACAAUACUGACCCGUAUGAUGGCGACAGAAGAGGAGGGUUGAACUACGAGAGACAGCAUACCAAGCGAAGGAUUUAUUCCGAUUUCAACCAUAAUUUGAACAAUCGCGACACCGAACAUAUUAUUGACAGGGAAUACUCUCAGGGGGCUAGCAACGAUGACUCGGAAAUUAGGCACAAUAACCAAAAUUUGCCUGAAUGGGGAAGGGGGCAAAGGCGGAUGGGGCAUUUCGAAUUUAAUCGCCGUAACUAUGCCUACAAAAGUACACCUAACCACACGGCUAGAUAUCUGAUAUCUAAGUACCGAAGAGGUGCCAUGAUGAAUUCGUCUAUUAACAACGGCAACCAACACAAUACUCGGUAUAAUAAGGGUAAUAACAGACCCAACCCUUUUAAAAAAUUUGUCAACCUCCAAAAGACUAAUAACGAGGUCAAAGACGCUCCUAUUACCAAAUCAUUCGAAAAUAGAGCUUCUUCCUCUUCAAAGAGAAACCUUAAACCACCACCCAUCGCUAUCAAAAGGGAAUCAUCAUCAGGUAAAUCUACGUCAAAAAAUGCAACUCCUAUUAUUAAAAUCAUGAAAGAACCCAGAACCAUUAUAAGCCGCUGUGUUUUACCUUCCAAAAAGAAAAUGCUAGCAUCUGCCCUGGCAAUAAAUAAUAACACAAAUGGCGUUAAUGUGACGAAUAAUAUCACGAAUCCGGCAUCAUUGGAUCCUAACAAUGUUUUAAGCGGAACAUGUAACUCGAAUGCCGAUCUCUUAUCAAAUUACGAUAUUGGCAAAAUUUUGACUCCUACUAUAAUUAGUCCAACACUUAAAGGAAAUAUCGUGUGCAUGUCUAAAACGCCGAAUAUAUAUUUGGCAAAAGAGGCUAUAAUUAGAAAAGCAGCGCUUAACGUGCAAAUGUUUGGUAUUCAACAAAAAACUACGGUCAUGGAUAAUUGUAUGGCUGCUUCAGACAAAUUGAUAAGUUCAAACAAAGUAGCCAUCAUCAAGAAAACGAUCGAAGAAGAAGAAAAUAACACAUGUUCCUUGGAAGCUUUGGAAAUAAAAAGGCAGAUUCUUUUGCUAGAGUUGCAAAGAGAGCAUUUAGAUCCAAACGAGCGCAAUACGAAUAAAGGUGAUAUCAUAACGAAUUCGAUUAUUACCGCAAACGAAUCUUCUACAACAGUGACAAUGCCCAAGGCUCCCAAUUUCAUAUCGACUUUCCAAACCCUUCCUACUCCGGUUCCCGUUAAGGUCAUCACUAACCCUAAUGACCUAAAUACCAAAAACGCAGAUAAAUCAUCAUUUACGAAAGAUGACAAUCCAAAAAACAAUGAUACAACUAAUUUAAAAAUCCCAGUCAUUUUAGAGACUGACAGUGGCAAAGGUAUACGCUUUUUCGAAGAUUUUUCUUCCCUCUCCGAGGACUCCUCAUUCGAAAUCGACACAGAAAAGGCAGAUAAAAAGAAUGAAGAUAACAAGAAAAAUGUCACCCCUACGCAAGAAGCCGAUGUUAAAGAAGAGAAUACGAUUAAACAGACUAAAGAUCGAAUCAAAAAAAGGAGCAAUAAUAACGUGCAAACAAAUACAAGAUCUAUCGCAGAAACAUUUUUUAACAACGAUCAAACUAGCGAGGAGGAGAGCAGUGUCAAGGAAAUACCACGCGAAGACGCUCAAACUACCAAAACCAGGAAACGUCACAUACGUAAAAUCAAAACGGAGAUUAUACAAAAUUUAGUGGAAGAAAAAAUUGAGAGUUCUCACUCUCGCUCUCAUCCAGAUUCUGAAAUGGAAGAAGGCGAAUGUCUAAGUAGCACGUCCCCACACUCCCCUUUACCAACUCACGAAUCGGCUUCCAAUGAUUCCAAAUCUGGUUCGACCACAAGCGACGAGUCUAGUAGCUCAGAUGACUCUAGCUCAACAUCGAAAUCUUCUGAUGAUGGUUCGGACCACGAUCAUACCAGUGACGACUCAACCAAAUCCACAAAAUCUUUAACGAUUAAAUCAACCAAAAAUCCUGAAUCUUUAAAAAAAGAUACAUUAAAAAUCGCCAAAAAUGUCUCAAAAAUGAAUAAAAAUGGCGCUAAAAAAGGAAGUUCGAAAUCAAGUUCACCUACCCGCUCGGUUAACAUAAGCGAAGGCUUGUCGCCUAUGGGCAUUGAUAUAUCAAAUAAAAGUAAGGCCCACUCGAACGAAGGCUCCGAUUCUGAUUCUAAAAGUUCUGCCACCAAGAGCACCUCGAUAUCCCUCCUCAAAACUUCCGAUAAUUUGGAGUCGCCUAUCAAAAUAAAAACACAAAAAUAUUCGGAUGACUCGCGCUUAAAAAGUAAAUCCGAAAACACUGCUGAAAAAAAUAAGAAGUCGAGUCCCGAGACGAAAAAUAUUCGAAUCGGGAAAAAUUCGAAUAACGAUACUGAGCUAAAAAAUGCUAGUCCUAACGAAACUGAAAAUGCGGGCCCCAGCGAAUCAGAUAUUAAAAUUAUCUUCGAUAAAAUUGACACAACAAAUGGAACCAUUGAAAAAAAUAUUUUUAAUACUUUACCUUUGCUCGAAAAUCGAGAAAUGAUGGGUGUUGACGAUAUAAUGAAAAAGGAUACAACGAUUAAUAGUGAAUCUAGGACAAACGAUUUUGAGAACAUAAGCUCUGGUUCUAGCAACGAUAGUGACAUGGAUGACGAUGAACCAAAUACUCCACCAAUUAUUUCUUUAUUAAAACAAUGUGGCGUGUCCAAAUAUAUGACUAGGCCCGAAACAUACAAUAAAAUUCAAAGAUUGAUCACAAAUAACGGUAACGAAAUCAAAAACAGUGAUGUUGAGCCAACAUUUUUUAAACAUCCGUACGCCCUUCUACAUUCCUACUAUUAUUCAAACAAAUUUACUAAACCCUUAGAGAAAGAUCUAGAUCCUUUAACUUAUUUACAAAACAAUCAAACGGCUUUUUCACAACGCGAGGAUGCACAAUUUAGACAUCUUAUGAAUCUUAAAAUGUCAGAAUUUGAUUAAAAAUAAUAUUUUAUAAAUCAAUUAUAUAUAUAACUAUAUGUAUUGUUUUAUUAAAAAAAAUAAAAUACGCCGUUAUAUUAUAUUAGAAUUUUUUUUUAAAUUUAUUAAUUCAUAAAUGUACAUGAUAUUGGGUGAUUUUAUUGAA